UGAUUGGCCUGUAAACUGAAGGUCGCACGCUGAGAUUGGCUAUUUUCUUAGUUGAGAACGUGACUUCCCAUUGGCUAAACAUUCCCAACCCGGAAAUGUCAACAACAACAUUCACCGGAGGCCGUCUUGUGUACAAAUAACACACCGGGGUGCGUAGUUAGGAUCUUUUUAGCAACAAAAGACGUUUGUAACAUAGUUCUAUAGACUUCAUACAAUUGAAUUGUAACUAAAGUCAUGAGCAGCCCAACAUUGAGCGGCGAUUUUACGCCCGUUUUCAACCCUCCGCUGUCUGCUACGCAAACUAAACUGUUGGACAUGUUAGAAGAUGCCACAGAGCAACUGAUGAUCAAUACAGACUUCGACGCUUCCUUCCGUAUCUGCGAUAGAGGGCUGGAGUGCCUCGCCCACGAGGAGGAAGCGGACGUAAGGGGUGAGCUUAAGGCUGGCUUUUGCAUCGUGGGCAUUCAAGCUUUGGCUGAGCUCAACCUGUGGCCAGGUGUCCUCGCUUGGGUCCUGAAGCAUUAUGAGCAUAUGGAGGACAUACCGGCUAAAAUAUUGCAAAUGUGCAUCCUCCUCUAUUCCAAGGUGGGUGAGCCGGCAGCGGUGCAAGAGGCUACCCAAGCGUGGCUGCGCAGCCCGUCUAACAUCCACCUAGAUGAGUUUCGUACGGUAGCUGAGCUCUAUUUGCUGUACGUCCUCCUGCCCCUCGGGCGCACGGAUCAGGCCCGGGAACUUGUCCUGGGCGAAUUGGGUGGCGCCACGUUCACGGAAGAGCAACGACAGACGGCGCUAGAAAUCAUAGAAGAGGAACGUGACAGGAAGGUGCCGCACGUCAACGCAGAUUGUAGCGUAACUGCUGCUAAUGCCUCGACGCAAGGUUCCUUUCUCCAUAAAGUGGAGGACUUGUUGAGGGUUACUUACAGGAGAUUGACGGCCGCCUCCGGAUCUUUCCCAUUCCAUAAACUCGUCUUGGCUGCUGUUAUUCUCUACAUGCUUGUGUUACGUCUGGAUCCAGCGCUUCCGUCUUCCUUCAUGUGGAUUUCUAAACUACAUGAGCUUCUUCGACAGAUGUGGAACUUCACGGUGGCUCCAUAUUAUCGAGCUCAGAAAGACUGAAUGCGGACUUUGUCGUAAUUUCAUUUUUUUAAUGUCAUUCUGCACUGGCUCGCGCAAGAGAUAAAUGACCUCUUACAAUAUGAAAGCAAUAUUAAAGUUGUGUUUCAUUUGGCCACAAGAGGGUGCCAUAGCCUUGGUUCUGUGAGCAGUAAUUAGGCCGACCAGGUGCACGCACCUGUGUGCAGCUUCCACCAGGUAGGCAGGCAGGCAAGCAGGCAGGCGUUGAGGUGGGCUGGCUGGUUGAGACCGUUGCUGAAUGGGUUGGGCAGACAUGCACUGUUGAGUAGCAUGGCUUUAAAAGCCUCCAUUUCAUUUAGGUCAAUUCAUUGGGCUGUCUAAUAUGCAAGACUCUACAUUUCAUGCGAUUGAAGUCCCUGGAAGUUGAAGGACCUGUAUAUAGUAUUAAUGCAUUUGUUUAGGUUUCCUGGUCUCUGCGUCAUAAUAAAGACAAUAAACUGAGUUGAGCCUACGUCUGCGUUUUCCUGGGUCUUUUCAAGUUGAGCCGCACUGGUUCACUGCUAAA